ACACCCUGAUAUGAUUAAACUAUUAAGGGGUAAAAUUGCAUUUUCUUAAUCACACUAUAAUCGGAAUUAACCGAAAACAAAAAGGGCUAGUGACAAAUCCUUUUUUAAAACCUCAGUCCUGCUUCGUUUUGGAAACCAUACAUCCCCUACCUUCCCAAAAACUUAUUGGGUAACACCCAUCCGGAAGAGUCGCUCAUCCACUCACAUUCAGCACUCACUCGGUGGUUCAUUUCCGGCAUUAUCCUUCGUGACACGAGAGUAAGCAGGACAUACGUUCCCCGAGGACGAGAACGACGGCGAAGCCAGUCACAGUUGAGACACCAUCCGAACCGGCCGCGAAAAAAGGAAUCUCCCGUCAAAUGUGCUGAACGACCCUUACCGUCAUCGAUGGACAUUUAAACGAUAGACACCUUGCCUGAUUGAAAUUAGUGGCGCAACGUCAGAAACAGGAUAACGACGGCGGAGGGGUCGCAUACAAACAAAUGCGCGUGGCGUGCUCGGGAAUAUGUAAUGAGAAGUGGAAAAUGAUGUUGACGGUUGACCGUUGCUGCCGUAGUCGCUAUCGUCGUAGUCGUUCGUCUGGCCUGCGGGAAGUGGAACACAUAUUGCAUGGAUAGCUGAUUGGGAACCCGGGCCCAUAUAGCAUAUAAUUGACGAAUACGGAUCUAUUAUAGUACUGUGUCAAGUGCUCGCUACUAGUGGAGGAUUAACCGGUGGUUUGCUCUUCAUAGCCAAAAUAGAACGCAACAUAUUGGAAAUUUGUCACAUCGAACCGUGUAAUGAGUGUUUCCAAAACAAUAUGUUCGAUUCGAUGAGCGGGUGUCACGGUCCACGGUGGUUUGGUGGAUUCCAUUAUAUAAUGCCGUUAUCCUUGGUCGGCGAGAGUGUAACAUUGAUGGGUGUCUGUGUGCGAUUGUGACUAGGGAGGUGUGGUGGCAACCGAUGAACUCGGUACGUGACUUCGCAGUAACUGGAACGGCUCACAAACCCCUUGGAACCGAAUAGAACAACAGAUAUGUGAGUGAACCGAAAGGAUCUAGCUUUGGUCUUUGGAGUACGACGAGCAGGAUUGUUCGGCUGAGUGUUGUGACGACCGUCACUGACGACGCUAGUAGGAUAAAGGAAGUAGCCUUCCAAAGUGUGACAUCAAACCGUAGAUAGGAAAAAAAGUGUCUGUGUGUGCCUGGAAUUUUUGAUGUGGAAUUAAAAAUAGACCAAGUCUAGCAUUGUGACGUGUGUUAUGUUAUCUGUGGAUGCGGAACAUGAAUACGAGUGGGAGUAGCGUAGUGGAAGUCUCUUGAUUGGAUUUCAAAUCAAAAGUGCAAGACACGAGCCUGCUUCGGAGGUGAUGACGACUAUUAGGAAUCCCUCGAUAGGAAGAACGUAAUAACUCUGCGUGACUUCUGCUUUGAAAGGGUGGGAAGUGUUUUGUAACUUUAUCCCUAGGAGCGUGGGAAGCACAUCGGGUGUGAAGCAUAAUAGCAAUCGAUAAAACCAACUGACGGCAAACUUUGCGUGGUCGCGGCAUCGGUCUACUGAAGCGCGUGUGAGUUUGUAUGUGCGUAUGUGUAUCUCGAAUCGGAUCGAGUAUAUUAUGAUGGUACAGCAAUUUCCAAUAAAAACACAAGAAAAGACGUCAACAACCCAUCGAUCCGGGAUUGAAUAUCAUGCUCACAGAGCAUCAUCAACAAGAACAGCCGAAACAAGAAGGAGGUGCCGCAUCCACAGUUACGCUUCGGAAGGUUCUUCUCAAGCACAGUCGAAAACUCACAAGGAAUCGAUUUUGUUCAUCCCAAGAUAAUUUGGGUGCUUCAGAAUAUCGCAAGGAUCGACGGGUGCAUGGACUGCAGUUGCCGUUGCAUCCACUACAGCUAGUUGGUUGGUUUGCGUUGAUUUUGUUCGGUUACUCGACGUUUGGCUUGCUUAUACCGGCCUUGAAUCCCUCGGUGCAGGGACCACUGAACUAUCUACUUGCAGCGCUCUAUCUGUUACAUUUGGUUUCUCAUCUGGCAGCCCUGUUGCUCGAUCCAGCCGACGUAGAGCUUCGUCGCAAAAGCACUCGGACUGUAGUUCCCGAGUUUGACCGCAGUAAGCAUUCGCAUGUGAUUGAGAACGGACGUUGCCAUCUGUGCAACAUCAAAACCACAAGCCAACGAACAAAACACUGUAGUGUCUGCAACAAGUGCGUCGGGACGUUUGAUCACCAUUGCAAAUGGUUAAAUCACUGUGUCGGCGGUCGAAACUAUGCGGCAUUCCUUAUGUGCGUGGUGAGUGCUGUCAUUGCAGCGUUGGUCAUUCUGGCCGCAGCUGUCGUGGAAAUUAUCCUUUAUCAUGUCCAACCCGAUUGGCUCAACCUGGCUUGGUUUGGUUUGGCGAACAACGUUUCUACUACCGGUCCGGUGAUUGUGAGCUCUGCUACUGAUCAGACUGAUACCGAUUUGAAUAACGAUACUCUUGCUAACACUCCGCUACCAACAUUAUUGGACAACAUCACUAGUUCGGCGCAGGAUUUGUUACUGAAUCAGACUUUUUUCAACGAUACGAUAGCGGACAACGCUACUGAGUCAGUUGAAUUAACAACCGAUAAACCUCUCGAGUCUACCGGGAUUAGUAUCAACAACACCAUAUUCCUGGUAUUCAUCGGAUUCUUGGGGAUUUUGGCUGCGAUAGCAGCUGGUCUUCUCAUACAUCUUUGCUUUUUCCACAUCUACAUCUCGUUCCUUGGUCUCACAACCUACGAAUAUAUUCGCAACAAUCGUCAGAAUGUGAUGACCAAUUUGCCAACAAUCGCUCAGAAUGCCAGGCAUCUUGCAAACGGCCCUUCGACUACCACAUCCACCAUAGGCACAACUUCAAAACUGAGCACGCUGACCAAUUGUACCAAAACGAAUCACCUUCCCGAGGUUUACAUUUGUUCUUCAAUUAAUUCCUCGGUCCUACCGGUUUCGGGCACCCUCAACGACUUGAACCGUCAACGACCUCGCACAUUGCAUUGCUGUGAUAAUUCAAAAGAAUGUACCAACAACAUCACCUCGGCUGGUUUGCGGAACCUGGAUGCAGUCUCACUAUCAACGGCUGCAACCAGUGCAUCAACCGUGACCCACCAGAAGGCGGCAUUCUACAUGUGUUCAAUGUUAGAAGAGCGAAAUGUGGCCGCAGUCAAAGGUCAUCCCCGUGAAAAAUGCGAAUCACGAACGUUUCAUUGCUGCUCUCAAUUUCGCCAGACGGUUAACGGCGAUGACUUCGAAACAACAACCACGGCGGAAUCGUACGUUCACUUUAGUGAACAGUGUACGUUUUGUAGCUUUAAGGUUAAGCCUUCGGCUGGAAAUACUUUGGAUAAGAGCGAGCAGAUAACCGCAGGACUACAGGAAAAACGAUGUUGCGUCAAAUCCCUUACAAAGCACCACCGAUGGAAAAGGAAAUGGAAUUGUUGUUCUAACGUUCCGGACAGUCCGGAUGUUCCGGGGGACCCCUUAAGGUCGAUUUCUGCUGCAGUCCAGCAACAUGGAACCGCACCUUCAUUCCCGGAGAUUACUAACGUCGUUGAACAUAAUCAUUUGCAACAGCAACAACCAAAUCAACUGAAUCCCUAUGAACUGACAAAUAAUGAAAAUCGUGCCAAUAACAAUAGGAAUAAUAACUGUGUUAGCAACAAUAACUGUAGCACUAGUACCGGUAGUAGUAACAAUAGCCGAAAUGGAUUCUUUGAUAACAAUAAUCUACUGUCGUCGGUAGGCGAGCACAACGCGAUCAACAACAACUACACUAGCAUUAGCUCUUCGAGUAAUGGAAAUAACAAUCGCAUUCUGAACGAUGCCAACGGAAACGAUGUAACCCUAAUGCCCACCAGUGUAUCUCCAGUGCCGAAGCGCCCACGGGCUAGACUUGUACGCCCAUGGCCGGUAGUUCGUCUGCGGCAUAUGAUUAGAAUGAUUGAUCGGUACCGCCGGCCUCGUUGUCGGCCUGGUAUAAACCAAGCAUCUAACACCGUCAGCUCUAAUUGCGUUAAACAGAAUCAGGUCCGACCGAUCUUAUCGACCGAAUGUGCCGCUGUGGUAGCGGCAGGUAUAACCGCCUGUGGGCCAGGAUCGCCAUCCGUCCAGUAUCAUCAUGGCUCGUCCAUUCUGCCAACGUCCACCAUCCGGACCGAAGUUCCACCGACGAUGCCCGCUCUACCGCCACCGACAAGGCGCAAGCUCAAAAAUACCACCGACGACCUGCAAGAGCUGGCCGACACUCUCAUCUUUGUUCAGCAGCAACAACUACAACAGCAACAGCAGUUGCAGCAGCAACAACAACAACCAACAACGAUUCGAAUACCGGUCCAUCCACCAACGUCGGCAUCCUACCGGAGAAACCGACGCAAAAAUAUAAUACGUAAUCGCAGUCCUACGCUGUCACCGAUCCACGAAUCUGGCCUGUCGAACCCAGCCUCGCCGCAGCCCUGUAGGCACUCGUGCUCCGCCAGCAUAUCGUCCCUGACGUCUCCGGUUGCAGCGGCAGCCAGCAUGUGCGCCGGUGGAAUUGGUACUGCCAGUGUUUCGUCCUCUGUAGAUAGAACAUCCUAGAAGAUUUCGUGUGUACGUGUUUUCGCUGUUUUCAAAUACAAUUUUCGGGGCACGCAUACGAGCGUGCCCAGCUCAGUCCGGCUGGACUUCUUAUCGAGACUAGAACAACUAUAAAACGCUCUCUAUUUCUUCGCAGACAACUCUUUACUCCUUAUGAAUCCAUAUAUCACAGACAAAUGUUGAAAUAAUUGAAUUGUUACUGUACAAUAUUGUAGCUAAGCAAAUAAAUAAACCAAAUGUGAGAUCAGUAUUUGUGAAACAACGAAAUUUAAAUUUCUAAAGAAAAAAAAUACAAAAAGGCAAACAUUAGUGCGAAGGGAAGAUAAUUUUUAGAGAAACGUUUUUUUCGGUGGAAGAUUUCCCAUUUAGUAAAAGAAAAAUCAAGUUGGCGAAGAAAACAAACGAUAUCUAAAUUAGUGUUAAUCAAAGCGAAAGUGAUUUGUCAAGAACACACACACAUAGUCGGCGCAAUGAGCCGGGAUUUGUAACCUUAGUACUUGGAAGCAUACAUUGGUGCAGCACCCAAAAGUGGAUGAUUAUUAUAUAUUUGUUUUAUAAACGCAGUGUAGGAGACAGAAGAAAGUUUUAAAGAAAGGCAACAUAUAUAGAAAUAAAUAUUUGUUUCUAGGAUGAGUAAAAAUUCCA